GCGGCCUCACGGCCGGCGACGCCGAGCUCGAGCGCUGGCUGCAGUACUGGGCGCUCGUGGGCGCAUGGACGGCGCUCGAGGGCGCCGUCGGCUGGGUUCUGAGCUGGUGAGCAUCACGUGCGCGCGAGCAGCACUCGGUCGCAAAGCGUGACAGUGACAUGGGGGGCGCGUGCCCCCUCCUUGACGGCGCCGGGACGGGAGUGCGCAAGCGCCCCACCGUCAUCGCCGCCACUGAUACCAGGCUGCCGCUCUACACGCUCUUCAAGACGGCCGUGUUCCUCUACCUCGCCAUCAGCUCGACGGGCACGCCAUACGUGUACAACAACUUCCUGGCGCCGCUGUUCGCGGAGCACGAGCCGGCGAUCGACGAGUUCAUCGGCAGCGUGCGCGGCCAAGCUGGCGCGCACACCCGCAGCGGCCUCGGAUGGGUGUAUGAGCGCGUGCGCGCGAUGCUUGGCCUCACGCCACAGCAGGCAAGCUACAUCAACCAGGCGGGGCAGCAGCACCUCGCCCAGCAGUACGCGCAGGGCGGGUUCGGCAGUGCCGCCCCGAUGGUGCACCCCCCGACGCUCAACGACCCCGCGAGCGGCGGCCUCCUGCAGGUCGCGGGCAUGAUGCAGGGCCUCGCGAGCAGGUACCUCCCCUCGGCGCUCGCGGCUGUCUCCGCCGCCGCCGGGUCCGCGCAGCAGACCGCCGCGCGCGGCUUCGACGUGCCCCCGCCCCCUGUGCCGCCCAAGUUUGAAGUGUCUGACGCCUCGCCCCCCGUGCCCCCGCCGCCGUCACAGUUGGCUGGUUCGCGUGCGUUCCAGUACGCCGCAGACGAGGUGUAUGGCUCUGCGCGCGCCUCGGGCCAGGGCGAGACGCGCUCGCGGACUCUUGACGCUUCGCGCACGUCCUCAGAUGGCUCUCUCAGUGGCGGCUCAAACCUCGCUGCCUCGUUCACCGAGAUCAGGCGGGAGGAAGCUGUAGGCGCCGAGGUCCGCCCCGCCCCUAACAGACGCACGUCAAGCUCAUGGAUGCCGUGGGGGAGCGGGCCGUCCACUCCUAAGGCUGACAAGACGCAGUGAGACUUGAUCUUGGCCUGUCUGAAGUGGCCUGUAUGAAUACCGUGAGAAGUUUCGGCUAUAUAGAUACAUGUUGUCAGCCUUAUAAGUUGUCUUAAAGUCCCCA